AUGCCAACUGGCGGCCCGGAGCUGCUCUCUCCUGCUCCGUCACUGUUCGCCGGCAGACGAGGCGCUGGAGGCCCUGCGGAUGCGACGGCGACUCACAGUGAUGUCAAGUGCGAGCAGCUCGAGUGCUGCGCCGGCUGUAGCCUCAAGAUCACGGAUCGUUUCCUGCUGCGCAUGAUGGACGCCUCGUGGCACGAGGAGUGCCUCGUCUGCUCCGUCUGCCGCGUACGGCUCACCCAGUCCUGCUUCACCAAGGACAACAAGGUCUUCUGCAAGUACGACUAUGAGAGACUGUAUCUGGUCAAGUGCUCCGGCUGUGGCGAACGGGCGCUGCCGCACGAUCUGGUGAUGCGCGCACAGACUCAGGUCUACCACAUGCAGUGCUUCGUCUGCGUCGUUUGCUGCCAACUGCUGCAGAAGGGCGACCAGUUCGUACUGCGCCAGGGCCAGCUACUCUGCCGCGCCGACUACGAGAAGGAGAUGUUCAUGCUGCAGCAGACGCAGGGAGACUUCUGGGACACCGGUAUUCCAGGUCUGGAGCUGGGGGACGAGCCGGGCCGGCCGAGGGACGGCCGCCGCGGCCCUAAGCGGCCGCGCACCAUCCUCACCUCGGCGCAGCGACGCCAGUUCAAGGCCUCGUUCGAGAUCAGCCCCAAGCCCUGCAGGAAGAUUCGCGAGGCGCUGGCCAAGGAGACAGGGCUGUCGGUGCGCGUAGUGCAAGUGUGGUUCCAGAACCAGAGGGCCAAGAUGAAGAAGCUGCAGCGGCGUGCCAAGCAGCAGCAGGACGGCCAGGACAAGGAAAAGACCGACAAGAAGGACGGCGACGGCGAUAAAAAGGCGGAUACUGACUAUGCUGCCGACAGUCCGUACGGCUCCGGAACGCCCAGCGUUGGUCACCCUUACUCGCCGGACGCCCAGUCCAACGAGAGCUUCUGUGGUUCGGAUGACGUCAGCCUCGAGGACACGGCCUCCUUCGAGAACAUGGACGACAGCCAUGCCGACCCCAACCUAAUGCAGACGUCUUCUGCACCACAACCACUAGACGUGAUGCAGAACUACGGAAGCAUAAACCCCAUAGACAAGCUGUACCUGAUGCAAAACUCGUAUUUCACCGACCACUGAGCGCACCGGUCUAGCCAUUCCUGCUGGCAGUUCACGAGUUUAUAUAUAGGUGGCGCUGCUGUACAACGGCUCGAGCCGCAGUCACAACGGAGCCAAUUCGAUGGAAGCUGGUCAUUCUUAAAGGUGAUGACAGUGAUUGUGAUGACGGUGUUACUUGGGAGGUGAGUUCUCUGCCCUUGUCCUGCAGGCAAGACAGGACGUGCAUUUGUGACCCGAUGAUCUAGCACUCGGCGAUGGACGCUCCGCCCCGACGCUCAAAAAGGCCCCGAGUGCGCCCGCGGCCAAUCACGCAGCCGUUCAGCUUGUGUAUGGAGGGUAUCUUCCGGAGAUUAGCUGUGCGGCGAAUGUAAUGUAACCAUCACAUACCCAGUGCUAAAGAAACUACUCUGAGUUGGGGUGUGACCCCAUUUACGCGGCAAGUUGCAUGUGACAUCGUAAGCCUCAGUGCACUAAGCGUAUUUUUUCAACCAAAUGUCUGCAUCGUCCAGCAUAUGGUCGGCGACCGUAGGCAUGGAAUGCCACGGCGUAAAUGUUUCCACCACAAGACGAGCACGUGAUCGUGUAUAGACCGCUUUGUGCGCGCACCGCACCCACUUACGUGGCUCAUCUCGUGAUGUUCCCGACGUGAAGUGGACUCGGGAGUAACAGGAGACCGACAUUCCACUGCGUCCGGCCGCGGCUCACGCAAGACGGGAGCUGUCAUCACCACUGGCGCGGUGUGGUGUAAUCCACUUCCAGCAGCAGCACACCCCACGUGCAAUCCCCUUCUCCCCCGCCGGUGGGCCCCGAUCGCGCCCCGCUGUACAGAUUGUGUGUACUUCAGUGGGUGUGAGUUCGCCACGAACGACGUGGACUGUCAACCUUUUGCAUCCAGAA